GAUGGCUUCAGCAGGGAACCGAACCCUAUAUGAAACUCAGAGAUGGCUUCAGACAGGGAACCGAACCCUUUCUGAAACUCAGAGAUGGCUUCAGGCAGGGAACCGAACCCUUUAUGAAACUCAGAGAUGGCUUCAGGCAGGGAACCGAACCCUUUAUGAAACUCAGAGAUGGCUUCAGACAGGGAACCGAACCCUUUUUGAAACUCCAAGAUGGCUUCAGGCAGGGAACCGAACCCUUUAUGAAACUCAGAGAUGGUUUCAGACAGGGAACCGAACCAUUUCUGCCUCUCCAAAGAGGCUUCAGACAGGGAACCGAGCCCUUUUACAGCUUCAUCCAAAGAGCAAAAGUGGCAUGUCAGGGGGAGAUUAUCAACAACAAGUGCUAUGAGUUCAACCCUACACCGCUGUCCUUCAAGGAUGCUCAGGCCAAAUGCAGAACUCUUGCCCCACAUGCCGAGCUUGCUUCUGUAACCAGUGGUGAUUUGCAUUCCCAUCUGAUUUCCCUGGUGACCAAGGGUGGUAAGAAGAGCCCUGUGCUAACCUGGCUGGGAGCCACAGUCACGAACCAAGAGGCGUCAUGGGUGGACGGGUCAGAGUGGGGUUUUAGCGACUGGAUGCCAGGCCACCCCAACAUUCACACUGACAAACCUGUCUGCGUGGAGAUGUUUGAGCUAGACAACAGCCGGUGGACUACUGCCAACUGUGAUCUGAAGAGAGCGUCCAUCUGUACGUACAUGAUUCCUACGUAAGAGAAAUCGCAAAGAAGCAACGUGAGACGGGCUCGCGGGUAUCAUUUCCUACGAUACCUUUGUGUUCCCUGCCACAAGCUGAUUGUGCAUUCUUGAAUAAAAACACAGCAUAUUA